AUGCCUCAAGACAGGCUAAGGUCGGUUAUGUACAGAUCAUUUGUCACUUGUGAUGAUCCCAAAGGUGUUGUUGAAUGUAAGUCAAUUAUAAAAUCCAAGACUGAUUCUCAGAAAGUGGAGAAUACUAUUAAAAAUGAAGGGCGUCGAAAAAAAUUGAAUCUGUCUUCAUCGGACCAUGAAAAAAGGAAGGACAAAGUCUCAAAAGGGUCCACAGAGGAGUUACAAAACCUGUCUUCCUUUCAGAUCAUGGAGGUAUCUAGAGGAGCACAGAAAUUGAAUGAGGUGGUUGACUUGUGGUCAGACGGUGUAAGCUUUGAUAAGCAAUCAAAGAAAAUCGCGCAAGACUUGUUAAAAGGCGCUCUUGAUCUACAGGAGUCUAUAGCAAUGCUCGGGAAGUUACAAGAAGCUUCACGUUACAUGUCUAAGUUGAAUAGAAAGCAGAAGGAAAAGGUCAUGGAAGAGAAAGAAGUAGCCACGGGUACGGAAUUUACCAAUUCCAUUCGAAUUGGAGAUUGCUAUCAUGCAAUGGACUUCCAGAAGCCGAGAACUUCUGCUGAUGGACCGACCGGGGAUUGUUAUGAGGAGCUCAGGGAAGUCAUAAGAGAAAGUUUUACCCGGCAAAAUCUGUUGCCAAAAAGUGCUUCCACUCGAGAGAGAGAUUAUUGUGAAGGAAGAAAAUCAGAUUUCUAUAUGGAGUUCCCGUCCACCAGUUCAAGUCAAUCCUCACAGGUUUUCUCCCAUGACUUUGCCUCGUCUGACAGUUCUCCUUUAAAGGUUCGACAAGAGAAGCCGAAGCAAUCAAAUCUAAUUGCCAAGCUUAUGGGACUGGAGGAAGUUCCCUCAGAACCUUUUCCUUCGAUCUCCCAAAAACAUGUUGAAAAAAAUGAAUUCUUGAAUCAGAGAAGAUAUUUAUUUGAUAUGGAUUUGCCAAGGGUGAGGAAGCCUCAGUUUGCAUCUCAGAAAGUAGUUCAAGAUCGAAGAACAUUGGAAGAACUCAUAAAGUCUAUGCAGUUUAAAGGACUUCUGGAAAGAAAGUCCAUCGAUGGAGAAAAACAUUCUAAUGUCUCUUACUCAAGGAAAGGUUUUCGUGACACGGGGUCACCCAUUGUGAUUAUAAGGCCUCUACACACUCCCGAGCUUCACAAAAAUUACUAUGUCCAUGAAGAAAAAGAUUACAAGAGUAAUCAAAUGCCUAGGAAAUGGAAAGAAGAGUUUCCACUUAAUGCAGCUGAACAUCUGAAAGGACCUCUGAAACCCACUGAGCUACACAGGAAAAUGCCAGCUGGAAGAAUUCCAAGGCAAAAAAAACACCUUAAUGACAAAGACACAAAUAUUCGUGGAGAAGUAUCAGUAAAACUAGAUGAUAAAUGUAAAGAUGUUCAAGAAAACCUGUCUUGUACCAAGAUAAAGAUUCCGAGACUGGUCAGUCCUAUGUUGCAGAAAAAAGAAUCAGCUCUUACAAAGAUUGACAAGGUACCAAAAGUGUCUCCUGAUACCCAGCAACCAGCAGAAAUAAAAACAUUGAAAUCUCAAGGAUCUUCCAAAACUCGUGUUUUGGGAAACACAACUACUUUGAAGCUCGGAAAACCGGACAAGAUAUCUAAUGUCUCGAAGAAUCAGGGUGCACGUGAAAAUGCAACCACCUCAGAUAAAUUCACGAGACGAACUGCAUCAAUGAACUCCAGUAGUCAGAAGAAGAACUUGAAAAAUGAUAAGCCGGAUAGCAAGCCCUCGCUAGCUAUUGUUGAAACUAUAAUGCCGAUUGAGUUUGCUGGUAAAACUGAAAUAGAUAAGACAUUAAUGCCAUCAGAGAAAAUUCCUGAGGAAAUGGCAAAUGCUUCUGGUAAUUCUAUGUUUGAUAAGUGCUCAAGCACUUCAAGUCCUCUUGAGGUUUCUAUGCCAAUCAUCGAGGAUAUCACAUCCAUUGACGAAGGAAAUUGCGUGCCAAGUAAUAAUUUACCAGAGAAUGAAAGGUGCAAAACAGAAACCAAUACAAGAAGUUUACUUCUGAAUAAUGCAUCAUUCCUCCGCCAUGUGGAGGAACUCUUUGAUACUUGGACAUGUGAACCAACAUCCUGUCCAGCAACAUUGUUAUGUGGUUAUGAACUACUUGAUACCAAACUUUUCCUCGACUGUGCAAAUGAUAUGUUGGAGCGUAAAAGCCUACAGUGGAGGAUAACAACUUGUCCACUAUCUCAAACUAGGUCAAGAUGUUGCUUAUCUCUUGACCACUUGGUGCGAGAAAUAUGUGACGGGAUCAAGGAUUUGAGGAGAUAUAACAAGCUUUCCAGUGAGAUCAAUGUUGUCAAUGUUAUUUACUCGAUGCUGGAAAGGGAUCUAUGGAGCAAGAGAGAUCUGAUAGGAGCGUGGGAUGUGGGUUGGCGGACGGGUUAUAAUUCAGAAGGAGUCGAAGAAGUUGUGGCUGACAUAGAGAAGCUAGUUUUAAGUGAAAUAGUUGAGGAUACUCUCGCAGAUUUCGCGUACUAG